AUGUCUGUCCCUACGCUCGGGCGCGAUACGGCCUUCCAGGUCCGCUCCUUGUUCCGUUCCUUGCUGCGUCAGUCUUCUCAGUUCUCGAACUACAACUUCCGCGAGUACGCCCGCCGGCGCACAGUGGAUUCUUUCCGCGAGCAUCAGAAGGAGACGGAGGAUAGACGGAUACAGGAAUUGAUUCAAGAUGGAAUCCAGAACCUGCGGAUGCUAAAGCGUCAAACCGUGAUCAGUCAAUUUUACCAGAUGGACAAACUGGUUGUCGAGGGUCAAAAGACGGGCAAGCAAACCGGCAAUGAGGGUGGCAUUGUUCGCCAGAAGGACACUGGUUGGGACUAA